AUGGAAGCUGGAACCGCCAUGGAGGAAGAGAAAUGGGUGAGGAGAAAGGAGAGAGAGAAGGGUGGACUGUCAAUGAGAAGGGACGGAUGUGGAGGGGGCCAUUGUAGACGGAUGGGAUCAUGGAUGGGUUUGGAGGAAGAAGAGGAUGAGGAGAAGUGGAUGAGGAGAAAAGGAAGGAGCAGAGAGAGGCAAUCAGCCAUAAGGAAUGGAUUGGAGGACGAGGAUGAGGAGAAGAGGAUGGGGAGAAAGAAGAGGGGGAAAGUGGAGGGAGCUACCAUGGACAAAGAAAAAUGGGUCGCUAUCGAUUUUAAGAUCAUGUAUGAGAACAUGGCCUACUUGUCGAAAAAUAAAGAGGCCAUGGAUGCCAACCUAAUUAUUCUUCAAGAGGAGAAGGAGUCCGAACUCAUCGCGAAACUCAAAAAUCAACUUGAAGAGAAGUUGAAGUUGUUGAAAGAGAAAAAUCAAAAUCUUCUGGACCUUCAGCAAAAAAUAAAUGAACAAGAGAUGAAGAUCUUUGACCUGGUGACUCCAAAGGUUACCAUUGAUAUGGGCAUAAAGAGAGAUCCCAAACCACCCACUGAAGCGGUAGAGGGACUAGCUAAGGAGGCAGAUCAGGAGUCGAUCGGGGUGAAAGUCACUGACGCCAUUAUCGCAGAGCCAAUAACUACAGUGCCUCCAAUCAUAACUGAAGCCUCUAAGGCUACUAAGGAAUCAGAGCCCAUCACAGUCAUAGAGCCCACCGCUAUUGAGGUUGCGAAAGAAUCAUAG